GGAGGCUACAUCUCAUUCUAUAGUACCUACGCUACGUAAUGGACAGGACCGAACGGAGUUGAUCUACUGUGGCUAAUCCUAGUGGAUUCCGUCUGUGUGGCAAACGCCUAGGUAGGAGAAAGGGGAGAAAGGAAUGACGGCGUUUACAGAGCAGGACAAAACUGAUAUGUUACCUGUAUUGUUCAUAACAGAAUGAGGAAAAUACCAAGACACACUCAAAUUAGAUGCAAGCCUUAAAAACAGCUUUUUUUGAACGGAUUUAACUCUUGGAUCAGAACAGAAAGAUUUCUAGUCGAACAGGACUGGAAAAUGAACAUGGAUGUCGGAGUAACGAUGGCAUCUUUGUGUAGUUAAAUCAAUUUCUAUCUUCUUUCUGGCACUAAAACUGCGCCGGCCGAAGUUUGCUCUAUAUUCAACUAUCGAUUAUAGAUGAGUCGUCUAUGGAGGCGUGACGUGCCCCUGUCUGAUCGGCUAGGACUACCCCCUGGUCCCCGUCCAUCCAUGCCCCCCCCGGGCCCAAACAUCUCCUGGUUCCCAGAGGCCCCCCUGCUGACCUCAGAACAGCCCACCUUCCUCAUGACCCUCGCUGCCCAGGCCGUGUCAGGCUUCUUCGUCUGGACCGCCCUACUCGUCACCUGCCACCAGAUCUACAUGCACCUGCGGUACUACAGUUCUCCUAAUGAGCAGAGACACAUCGUGCGGAUCCUCUUCAUUGUGCCCAUCUAUGCCUUUGACUCCUGGCUCAGCCUCCUCUUCUUCACUAAUGAGGAGUACUAUGUCUACUUUGACACCGUCAGGGACUGCUAUGAGGCGUUUGUCAUCUAUAACUUCCUCAGCCUGUGUUAUGAGUACCUGGGAGGAGAGAGCGUCAUCAUGGCUGAGAUCAGAGGAAAACCUAUUCAGUCCAGUUGUAUUUACGGUACGUGCUGUCUCUGGGGGAGGAGUUACUCCAUUGGGUUCUUGCGGUUCUGUAAGCAGGCCACGCUACAGUUCUGUGUGGUCAAACCCCUCAUGGCCAUGGUCACAGUCAUCCUACAGGCCUUUGGAAAGUACCGCGACGGAGACUUCAAUGUGAACAGUGGGUACCUGUAUGUGUCCAUCGUCUACAACAUCUCAGUCAGCCUGUCUCUCUACGCCCUCUUCCUCUUCUAUUUCUCCACCCGGGACCUGCUCAGCCCCUACAGCCCCCUGCUCAAGUUCUUCAUGGUCAAAUCUGUCAUCUUCCUCUCCUUCUGGCAGGGCAUGUUGCUGGCCAUCCUAGAGAAGUGUGGGGCCAUCCCCAAAAUCAACUCACCCGAGGUGUCAGUGGGAGAGGGAACGGUUGCCGCCGGUUACCAGAACUUCAUUGUCUGCAUCGAGAUGUUCUUUGCCUCCCUGGCCCUGCGUCAUGCAUUCACAUACAGGAUCUAUAUGGACAAGAGGCUGGACUCUCAGGGCCCAGUUCCUAUGUAUGGAGAGUCUGGCCGCUGUGCCCCAAUGAAGAGCAUCUCCAGCAGCCUGAAGGAGACGAUGAACCCUGGAGACAUGGUGCAGGAUGCUAUCCAUAACUUCUCCCCGGCCUACCAGCAGUACACCCAGCAGUCCACCCUGGAACAGGGUCACUCUGCCCCGCCUGUGUCCCGCACCAUCAGCACCAUCAGCACCCGCGACAACGAGAAGACCCUGCUGCUCAGCUCGGAUGACGAGUUCUAAGUUAACACACACCAGCCCCAGCCAAUCACCUCUUUACUGACUGUUGGGGUGAGGUACUACCUCCUGGUCUUAUGGAGUAUUGGCAGGGGAUUUAAAGUGUGUUUGGGGUUGGCAUCGACCUCAAUACAGGGAUACAGGACCAUAUGACUUAGCCUGGUCCAUUCAAUAUCCUCUACUACACACAAUUCAGGACUUUACAGGAACUCUUCUCUUGGUAGAAUAUACACUUAUUGGGAACAUGAUGUUAUGAUUGAAACCAUUGUCUAGAAAAACUUCAAUGGUUGGUUAUAUAGGACUUAUAGAGAUUUUCUGAGAGAAUUAUACUUCACUUAUUAGAGAGACAUUUAUGGUUUGAAUAAAAGUGAUUUUAUCGUUACAAAAUGUGUCUGCUAGCUAGCUAACAUCCAAUGACGAUGAUGGCCCAUACUAUAUUUAUAUUAAAGUACUUUGGCUAUG